AUGUCAUCGAGAGUAGUAUCAUUAAUUACAGAUGGCCUCAAGACUUCAGAUGGUGCAGGUGUAAACCUCACUAGAAUGCUACCAAUUAGAAAUGGUUAUUCCAAACCACAGAGAUUAGAUCCAUUCUUAAUGUUGGAUCAUAUUGCAUCGGAUGAUUCCGAUGAUUAUAUCGAAGGUUUCCCAGAGCAUGGUCAUCGUGGAUUUGAAACUGUAACUUAUAUGUUAGAAGGUAGUUUCGAACAUAAAGAUAAUAAGGGAAAUCGUGGAUUGUUGGUUCCAGGAUCUGUACAAUGGAUGACCGCCGGAAGAGGUAUUAUUCACUCUGAGAUGCCAAUGCAAGAUGAAGGUAAACUAAAGGGCUUCCAAUUUUGGAUAAAUUUGCCUCACAAAGAUAAGAUGAUGGCACCAAGAUACCAAGAUAUUAUGCCAGAGAACAUCCCAGUUGUCAAAGAGGAUGGCAACGCAAUCAAGGUACUCGCAGGUCACUAUAAGGAGACUAAAGGUGCUGUCAAAGAUAUCGUUACCAAACCACUGUUCCUCGAUAUCGAUUUGAAAGCCGGUGUUAAAUUCAGCACUGACAUCGCCGUUGGUCACAGUUCAUUCGUUUUCAUUAUCUCUGGUGAAGGAACGUUCGGACCUGACACCAACGCCAAACUCGUCAAAGAAUCACAACUUGCAGUUCUUGAUGGCAGCAACAAUGAAACUAGAAUCGACAUCACUGCAUCCGAUAAAGGUUUAAGAUUCAUGUUGCUAAGUGCAGCACCCAUUGGUGAACCAAUUUGCCAAUAUGGACCUUUUGUUAUGUGUACAGAAGAGGAAAUUGAUCAAUUAAUUCUCUACUUAUUUAAGUAUUAUAUUCAAGAUUUUUGUUAUUUACAUCAUCAUAUAUUACAUCUUUUAAAAAAAACUACAACUAUAGUUGACUUACUUAUAUUAAAUUAA